AUGUAUUUGAUCAGUAAAGAUCAUUUACCUCUUGGUAAGUUGUAAUAAGCAAUUUUUCUCGCUGCGAUGCGGGGCACGAUAUUCCUUCUGUCCUUACGCGUUUCAUUUUUUUUCUGUUCUGUGCGAGCCUUGGAGUGAGCGAUGUGUCAUUGCAGCCGCAAUUUCGUGCUUUCCUAUCCUCCAAGAUAGGCAUCGCUUCUCGGCCUUUUCGGCUAAGAUCAAAGUGUAGUAUCUGUUCUCGUCGGUUUGAAAGCCGGCGCUGGUCCCAUUGGGGCCAGGCUCUUUCAAGCGGAUUUUUGGACAUCGGCCAGG